UUCUUGCUAAAGACACAUACAAUGUCAAAGCCAAAGGGGCGUGCGCGGCAAUUUGCCGAGUUAGUAGAGCGUCCAGUAAAUGAUUUCGAUCCGGAAGUUGAAGUUCCAGAGGAUGAUACCAGCAAUAGCGAAGAGAGUGCGGAUGAGAAUGCGGGAACGGAGCACUACGUGUCUGUUGGCAAAAGCAAGCUUCGUCGCAAAGAUCUAGUAUCACUAGGACCCCAGUACAAGGGUGCUCCUGUGAGUCGCGCAGCUCUAGAAGAUGACGAUGACGAUGAAGAAAGCGGAAGCGACGAAGUUCCAUCAGAUUACGAAGAUGCGCUCCAAGAAAUAGACGGCGAGAGCGGAUCCGAAGAAUUCGACAAUCCCGACGACGCGGAUCUCGAAGCCGACCAGGAUGACGAGGAUAUAGAAAUUGACAGUGACAAUGCCUUCAAUGAGAGUGACGAAGAAAAAUUUAAGGGCUUUGUCUUCAGGGGGAGUUCACAGACUAUUCCCCAGAAAGGGAAAAGAGUAGCGAGACCUACUGCUGCUGACUAUAUGGUAUCUGAUGAGGAUGACAGUGCCAGUGCCAGUGAAGGAGCAGAGCUUGACGAAGAAGAAGACUCUGACGGGGACGAAAGCAUUUCCGAUGGCGAAGGAAUUGAUGGCUUCAUAGACGACGAGGCUGAAGAAGAUGAAGAGGAGGACGAAGACGAUAUCGAUGAGGAUAUGGAUGAUGCAAGUGAUGCGGGGAGCGAUGAAGACGAGUUCGAUGAGGAAGAAGACGGUGAUUCAGGGAAGCCCCCUGGAACCAACAACACGAACCGUAGCACGAUACAAGAGAUGAUGAAUGCCGGCCAACGUGCCGUAGCCGGUACCUUGUCAACCGCUGCGCAAAAAGAUAUCGCCAAAGGGAAGGCUGUUCAGCAACAACGAAAAGCUUUUGAUGCACUUCUUAAUAUUCGAAUCCGAUUGCAGAAGUCACUCGUCGCAGUAAAUUCAUUCAAUUCCUUAGAGGAUCUAGGAGAUCAAUCGCAACCUUAUGAAGCAGCCGAAGCCGCUGCGCUCAAGUUAUGGAAUACCAUUGAUGGUUUCCGUACGAGUAUUCAAUCUGAUCAGUCUGGGAAGACAGGAAAUAAACGCAAACGAACUGCCGAUAUAGAAAUCUCAAAUCAAGACAUGUGGGAAAAUAUGGAGGCUGUCGAACAAAGGGCACUCGUUCGUCGCAGAGCCGUUUUGGAAAAGUGGUCGAACAACGCACGAAAUAUAAGGAUGGUGGAUAGGUCAUCCCGCAGAUUUACCAAUACGGUAGAGAAAUCUCUAACUAAGAGGCUGGAUGAAGAGCUUAUUACACCAGAACGGCUCAUCAAGCGGACACGAACCCCGCGAUCAUGCGCGCCGGUUCAAGUUGCGCGAAAAGUCAAUGAAGAUCCUAGUAUCUACGAUGAUGCCGAUUUCUACCAGCUAUUACUCAAGGAGCUCGUCGAUCAAAGAACGGGAGAUAUGUCGGGAGCUCCAGGCGGUCCCGCAGCGACAAUCCGGUUCGCCGCUGUCAAGGAGGCAAAGGCAAAACGGCAUGUUGAUACCAAGGCUAGCAAAGGCCGAAAGAUGCGCUUCAACGUGCAUGAUAAGCUACAGAAUUUCAUGGCGCCAGAGGAUCGCCGAAGCUGGGAGCAGAGUGCUAUCGACCGAUUCUUUGGGACACUGUUCGGUCAAAAAAUGGUACUAAACGAAGACGAUGACGAUGAUAAUAAGGAAGCUUCCGACGAAGAAAUGGGCGGUGCACCGAUUGCAGAUGGAGGCAUUCGACUAUUUAGGUAG